UCUCGAUGCGACUUCGCCAGCAGCAGCAGAACAGCGAUUGUGGUGAGUAUUUUGUGUAUCUUGUCUCCGAUCUAGGGUUUUCAGGUUCUGCUUCCUUUAUUGCUUCAUAUUCUGAUUUGAUUAAUUUUUGCUGGUAGUGAAGAUUAAAUUACGUUUAGGUGAAAACCAAGUUUUCUGUAAAAUUGCCCAAUGAACUAGUACUACACAUAGGAUUUUGCAAGGAGACGUGAGUUUUCUUCAUCCCAUUUACACUACCAACGAAAAUGGCAACCCAAAUGAGCAAAAAGCGAAAGUUUGUAGCUGAUGGCGUGUUCUUCGCUGAACUGAAUGAGGUCCUAACAAGGGAACUUGCAGAGGAUGGUUACUCUGGUGUUGAGGUUAGGGUUACCCCUAUGCGCACAGAGAUCAUCAUCAGAGCCACUCGCACUCAAAACGUUCUUGGCGAGAAAGGAAGAAGAAUAAGGGAGUUGACCUCACUUGUUCAAAAGCGAUUCAAGUUCCCAGAAAACAGUGUGGAGCUUUAUGCUGAAAGAGUUAACAACAGAGGGCUUUGUGCCAUUGCCCAGGCUGAAUCUUUGCGUUACAAGCUUCUUGGAGGACUUGCUGUCCGCAGAGCUUGCUAUGGUGUUCUGAGAUUUGUGAUGGAAAAUGGGGCAAAGGGUUGUGAGGUGAUUGUGAGUGGGAAACUUAGGGCUCAGCGUGCUAAAUCAAUGAAGUUCAAAGAUGGAUACAUGGUGUCAUCUGGUCAACCUGUGAAGGAGUACAUUGACUCUGCUGUAAGACACGUGCUUCUAAGACAGGGUGUUCUUGGUAUCAAAGUGAAGAUCAUGCUUGACUGGGAUCCUACUGGAAAGCUUGGGCCAAAGACACCUUUACCUGAUAAUGUUAUAAUUCACAUGCCUAAGGAUGAUGUUGUUGUCCAUCCACCAAAAGAGGUGGAGGAAUACAGGCCACCACUUGUGAUUGCUGAUGAGCCCAUUCCAAUGUCUGUUCCCGUUGGUGUUUAAAGCAGCAUGAGAUGAUUAGAGAGAGUUGUAUGUUUGAGCAGAUACAGACGGUAUCUGAAACUUUUGCUAAGAUAUUUUUUCUUUCUAGUUUUCAUAUGUUUUGAGGUUGAUGGAAUUCUCAUAUCUAUUCAAAUUUUGUACUCUUCUUCAAAUGACCUUUUUACUUUCUAGUGUAUUGUGAUUAACUGAUUACUAAUGCAUAUAUGGCCAUAUGGGUGAACAAAAGACCUAGGCAUGACCUAUAAUGGGCUAAAUCAAUCAGCGCCAUUGUAUCAGC